AUGCUGAAGAUCUGGUCGAUGAAGCAGCAGCAGCAGCAGGCUGAAAAUGCCGAAGGUGCUGCUGGCAAGAAGAAGAAGAAGGUCACCGCCGCACAGCUGCGCGUGCAACGAGGUGCGUCUCGCCUCAACUCCUUCCUACCAAUACACUUGACCCUUUCAUGUCUAACGAGGCCCCCCCUCUAUCUGUCUGUUCCUCCUACAGACCUCCAAGAACUCACUCUCGGCAAUACCAUGAAGAUGUCCUUCCCGAACCCAGACGACAUCUUGAACUUCACCUUGACUAUCGAGCCGGACGAGGGCAUGUACAAGGGCGGCGUCUUCAACUUCAGUUUUUCCGUCAAUCAGAACUUCCCCCAUGACCCGCCCAAGGUCAAGUGUACCCAAAAGAUCUAUCACCCCAACAUCGACCUGGACGGCAACGUGUGCUUGAACAUUCUGCGCGAGGACUGGAAGCCAGUGUUGAAUCUGAAUGCGGUUAUCGUGGGCAUGCAGUUCCUCUUCCUCGAGCCGAAUGCCUCUGAUCCUUUAAAUAAGGAAGCCGCAGAAGACCUCCGCACCAACCGCGACGGCUUCAAGCGGAAUGUGCGCUCCUCCAUGGCCGGCGGGUCCGUCCGGGGCGUCAGUUUCGAGCGAGUGCUCCGAUAG